UGGAAAGGCAGAGAAGCAGGAACGGUCAGCGCUCGGAAGGUGAAACGCGCUCAGGGAUUUUACGCGUAAAGCCGCUAUAAGGUGAUUUUUUUUUACGGGCCGCUCUUUAUUAUUGGACUACAACAGAAUGCUAUCUGAGGAGGAAUGGACAUUUAAACAACUGUUCUCCGUGUAGGGAUUUCACUGUGCAACAUCUAUAAACGGACACACAUGCUCACCACUGAUGAAAAAUAAGCUGGCAGGAGUGUCGGGUGGAUGAGUUUUAAAGCUCUUUCAGCGCCGCUUUAGAUAUUUUUUGUUUUUGCACAUUGGAUUACAUAAACACGGCUGCAAUUGCGGUUUAUGGAAACAGCUGAGAAGAAGACAACUGAAGUUGGAGAAGAGGGUCUCUGAAGCUGGACUGAGGGUCUGAAGGAUUGUACAUCUCCUCGCGGAACUCCACUUUCAUGUCCGAAGUCUCUGGUUUAUGACAAUGGAUUAUUUGCUGUUUUUAUGCGGCUGUUUGCUGCCUCUGUCCUCGGCUGUUGAAGAAACACUGAUGGACACCAAAUGGGCCACCACUGAACUCGCAUGGACCUCACAUCCUGAAACUGGGUGGGAGGAAGUUAGCGGUUACGACGAUGCCAUGAACCCUAUCCGAACGUACCAAGUGUGCAACGUUCGUGAGCUUAACCAGAACAACUGGCUUCGCAGCGACUUCAUCCCUCGAAAGGACGUUCUCCGUGUUUAUGUGGAGAUGAAGUUCACUGUACGAGAUUGCAACAGUAUUCCCAACAUUCCAGGAUCAUGUAAAGAGACCUUCAAUCUAUUCUACUACGAGUCCGACUCAGAUUCCGCCACAUCUACCAGUCCUUUUUGGAUGGAGAACCCUUAUGUUAAGGUGGACACCGUUGCUCCGGACGAGAGCUUCUCUAUGUUGGAGUCUGGCCGGGUCAAUACCAAGAUUCGCAGCUUUGGUCCAGUUUCCAAGGCUGGCUUCUAUCUGGCUUUCCAGGACCUGGGCGCCUGCAUGUCUUUAAUCUCCGUUCGAGUUUUCUACAAGAAGUGUUCCACGACCAUUGCCAAUUUUGCCGUCUUCCCAGAGACGGCCACAGGAGCUGAGGCUACGUCACUAGUCAUUGCCCCCGGCACUUGUGUGCCGAACGCUCUGGAGGUGUCUGUCCCUCUUAAACUCUACUGCAAUGGAGAUGGAGAGUGGAUGGUUCCUGUAGGUUCCUGCACUUGCAUGGCUGGGUUCGAGCCUGCAGUUAAGGACACACAGUGUCAAGCUUGCAGUCCGGGAACUUUUAAGUCGAAGCAGGGUGAAGGGUUCUGCUCCCCGUGUCCGCCCAACAGCCGGACAAGUUCUGGAGCCGCCAGCAUCUGUUCCUGCAGGACCGGCUACUAUCGGGCGGACAAUGACUCGCCUGACUCAGGAUGCACCACCAUGCCUUCAGCUCCACGCAGCGUCAUCUCCAGUGUAAAUGAGACGUCUCUUGUACUUGAGUGGAGCGAGCCACGUGACCAAGGUGGAAGGGAGGACCUUCUCUACAAUGUCAUCUGUAAGAAAUGUCUGCCUGAACGUGGUACCUGCACACGAUGUGAUGACAACGUGGAUAUCUCUCCCCGCCACCUUGGGCUUACUGAGAGACAUGUGACGGUCAGAAACCUUCAGGCUCACACCCAGUACAGCUUUGAGAUUCAGGCCGUCAAUGGAGUCUCCAACAAGAAUCCGUAUGCACCCCAGUUUGCCUCCGUUAACAUCACCACCAACCAGGCUGCUCCCUCUGCAGUUCCUACCGUCCACCUGAUGGGGGCCUCAGCCAACACCAUGAGUCUUUCCUGGCUCCCCCCUGAAAAACCAAAUGGCAUCAUCUUGGAUUACGAGAUUAAAUACCAUGAGAAGGACCAGGGAGAAGCUAUUGCCCACACCAUGACAGCCCAGCGUAGCUCGGCACGCAUUGAGGGUUUGAAGCCGGGCACACCAUAUGUUGUGCAGGUUCGAGCCCGAACAGUGGCAGGGUAUGGCCGCUACAGCAGCCCUACUGACUUUAGCACCAACCACCAGGCCGAUGCAGACAAGACUCUACAGGAGCAGUUACCUCUCAUUGUGGGUUCUCUGACAGCAGGGCUGGUCUUCAUCAUUGUUGUUGUGGUUAUUGCCAUUGUCUGCCUCAGGAAGCAACGCAAUGGCUCAGAAUCAGAGUACACAGAAAAACUGCAACAAUACAAAUCCCCUAUAGUCACUCCGGGGAUGAAGGUCUACAUUGACCCAUUCACCUACGAGGACCCGAAUGAGGCCAUCCGCGAGUUUGCCAAAGAGAUUGACGUUUCCUGUGUGAAAAUCGAGGAAGUCAUUGGCGCAGGUAACCAACAACACAAGCUCCUGAGCAACAGGGGGAAGACAGCUAGGCACACCCAGGCCAUACCUUUAGAGGACUUCACACCAAGCGGAGAGUUUGGAGAGGUGUGCCGUGGCCGUCUGAAACUCCCUGGACGGCGUGAGAUCAUUGUGGCCAUUAAGACUCUGAAGGCAGGCUACACGGAGCGCCAAAGAAGAGACUUCCUGAGUGAGGCCAGCAUCAUGGGCCAGUUCGAUCAUCCUAAUAUUAUCCGCCUGGAAGGGGUGGUGACGAAGAGUCGGCCAGUCAUGAUUGUCACUGAAUUCAUGGAGAAUGGAGCGCUGGAUUCCUUUCUCCGGCUAAAUGAUGGACAGUUCACAGUCAUCCAGCUCGUUGGUAUGUUGAGAGGAAUUGCAGCUGGCAUGAAAUAUCUGUCCGACAUGAACUACGUGCACCGUGACUUGGCUGCCCGUAACAUUUUGGUCAACAGCAACCUGGUGUGUAAGGUGUCCGAUUUUGGCCUUUCUCGUUUCUUGGAGGAUGAUCCCACCGACCCCACCUACACCAGCUCAUUGGGAGGAAAGAUCCCUAUUCGUUGGACAGCACCAGAGGCUAUAGCUUAUAGGAAGUUCACCUCAGCCAGUGACGUCUGGAGCUACGGCAUUGUGAUGUGGGAGGUGAUGUCGUAUGGCGAGCGCCCAUACUGGGACAUGAGCAACCAAGAUGUGAUCAAUGCAGUCGAGCAGGACUACCGACUGCCCCCACCUAUGGACUGCCCCACUGCCUUGCAUCAACUCAUGCUAGACUGCUGGGUGAAAGAAAGAAACUUGAGACCCAAGUUCUCCCAGAUCGUCAAUACCUUGGACAAACUUAUUCGCAAUGCCGCCAGCCUUAAGGUGGUCACCAGCACACAUUCUGGGGCCUCCCAGCCGCUCCUCGACCGCUGUGUGCCUGACUACACCACCUUCACCACUGUGGGCGACUGGCUGGACGCCAUCAAGAUGAGCCGCUACCGAGACAACUUCCUUAAUGCUGGCUUUGCUUCUUUUGACUUGGUGGCCCAGAUGACUGCAGAAGACCUGUUACGGAUAGGCGUAACAUUAGCCGGCCACCAAAAGAAGAUUCUCGGCAGCAUUCAAGACAUGAGACUGCAAAUGAACCAAACGCUGCCCGUCCAGGUCUGAGAUGUGGGGCGGAGCUGUUCUAAAGCGAACUAACAGACGACCCAGAUCAUCUCCACUAAUCAGAUGAAACUGGCUCGCAGUGCCUCGGACAACUUUUUCUUUUCCAUUUUCCUGUUUCCCUGUAACGACUGCAUUAUUUUACACCCGACAGGAUUAGAUAAGAUUAUUUUGUACUUAUUUUUAAGAACGGAGAGGAAAGCCUGUAUCCCAUGCAUGCCUCACGAGGCUCCGGUGUGGGAUUGGCGAUUGCAUGCGUGCGUGUGGUAUUUUCUUUCGUGAGGCUGGCUGGGAAGCCUCCCAUAAUGCAUUUCUCCCUGAAACUGACUCUGAGGGACGGACUCUCCCGGAUGGACAUUGCUUAUGGAAGAGAUACUCCUCUAAUAGUACACAUAACUUGAAAAUAAAAAGACAUAAACUAGACGUGAAUAAAAAUUCACGAAGUGUGUGGACACGAUUGUGCAGAAAUCCCUCCAAUGCUAGCAGAUGUUCUAUUGUGCGUGUGAUUUUGUGCUUAUUCCCCAUCUUCAUAUUGAAGGUGUUUUAUUUAAGGGCACAUGCCUCAAACGGACAGGAGAGAGAGGCACAGCCGAGGGCGAAAGAUCACGGAUGUUGCAGGACCGGAUUUGAGGAACUUGCAUUUGUCCACCAGGUUUAAACUGACAAAAGGACUUCUUAGAAUAUACCUGGUGAACUCAGGAUGCUUUCAUAGUUUCAAAUAAUGGAUUCUCAGCUGUGUUUUCACAAUUUCAAUCGAUGUUUUCUUUUAUUCUCUUCUGUUGUUUUCCCUCAACCUGUUUAGUUUCUGUUCCACGAUGAGUUGAGAUUUAGAUGGUCAUCAGUCAUUAUAUCAGGAUUCUUUAGCAGUUAGAAGGACUGUGAUAACCUGUACUACACUGCAAGAAUUAUUUUUUUUUAAAUCAGUAAAUUUGUCUUUUACCAGGACAAAUAUCAUAACAUUCUUGAAACAAGAUAACUUUGAGAAAACUGCGCAAUAUAUUAAGACGUGUUUGCAGAGAACAUUUUU